CCAGGCACCCCUCUGCACUUGAUGCCUUCUUCAUUCUCUACCUAAUUAACAGGGCGUUUUCUUGCAUUGUGUUUUGCAAUGAAACAAAUCUUUAUUAAUAACUCUUUAAUUCUCUCAUUAUUUCUCCCUCCCUCUCGUAUUAAAACAAUUCUUUCUCUGUUACGAUGCAACAAGCAAAACAAGAAGAGCAGCAGAAUUUGAAUUUAAUGUCUGAUCAUGAUGUUUGGCAAUCUAUUUUUGAAUCUUACAGUGCUGCUGCUGAUCCUAUUCUUGAUCAGAAGCUUGGACAAUCCUUUAACAUUGAUAUCAACUCCAGAGAAUUGUAUGCAACCUCUGAUCAGUUAUGGGUAGCUUCGGACAUUAAUAUCAUGGAGGAAGAUAAAGGUACUUGUGCAAAGCACCUGCUCAGCAGUGAAUUCGAGCUUGGUUUGGAGAAUGUUCCAACAUUAACCCUAUGUGAUUCAUUAGAAGAUCUACAGGGGUGUACUCCUCAGGAUUGCCAUACAAUUAAGGCUUGGGAUUCACAGAUUACCAUUGCACAUGGAGAGGAACUACCUUACAUAAAUGCAGAAAAUGAAAAGUUUACUAUUGUGGCAGUGGAAGAGAGUGUUAAUCAUGAAAACCUUUGGACCGAUCAAUGUGAAUGGGCAUCAGUGUAUUAUUGUGAAAAAUCAUCAGGUCAGGAAAUCUUACCAAAUCCAAAUUCCCUACUUUUAGAAGGGACGAGUACCAAACAUUCAGUUUCCAAUGAAAAGCAACAGCAAAAAGUUUGUGCUAGUUGGAGUGGACCAGGGGAGUAUGAGAGCAGGCCUUCAUUUAGUACAAAAAAUACAUCGAUGCAUUGUCAACAGAGAUCUGAUAUCAGUUACAGUGAACUGUCUCAAUAUUUCCAUAUGCCCAUCACACAAGCAGCCAAGGAGCUCAAGGUUGGCCUCACUGUUCUCAAAAAAAGGUGCCGAGAGUUUGGGAUUCCUAGAUGGCCACACCGUAAAAUGAAAAGCCUUGGAAAUCUCAUAAAUAAUAUUCAGGAACUGGUCAAGAGCAAUGCAGGGGUUAGCCAAGCUCGGUUGACAAAUGCAGUAGAGAUACUGAAGGAACAAAAGAGAUUGAUGGAGGAAAUACCCGGGAUAGAACUUGAUGAAAGAACUAAAAGGCUCCGCCAGGCAUGUUUUAAGGCCAAUUACAAAAAGCGUCGUGCAGCUCAAAACAAUAUUAAGAGCAGUAACACCACGAGCAGUGGUUCCAGUUGCAGUUCCGAUCAGAUCACCUGCUUUUCAUCUGCUUCAGCUUCCACCAGUUCCCUUUCAUCUUCAUCUUGCUAAUAUCUUCAAUAUGUAUAUGUGUAAAUAGCAUCCUUUAUAGCAGAGACAUUAUCUCUACAUUCUUUUAUUUAUUCACAAGAGAAUACUUAAAAAACCUUAUAGUUUGUAAGAUUUGAUUAAUUGUUUUAUUGUCUGGAGUGGAAACAGAGGAAGCAAAUGGGGUUAAUAAUGUGUCAAGAGUGUAUUCUGCUUUGGGAAGAUGAUAUUUAUGAUACGGGUCUGUAUUUACAGCCCAAUAUCACUUUUAGUGAGUAAUGUAUAAAGUAUUAGAGGCAGGGGACAUAAACUGCUAGAUUUUUGUUGCACUGGACUGAAGACAUGAGGAAAAGUUUA